AUGGUAAUGAUAUCCAAAUUCAGCAAAACUGUGUGCGAUGCCAAUGAAUAUUUUCAGAAAUGUUUAGAUUUGGAUACACAUAACAUUAAAUCUUUUAUACAAGAAAGUAAUAAUAAUAAAACUAUGAAUGAACUUACAGCUGAUGACGUGAUACAAAACUUAUCACAAAUUGAAGGAUUACAUAUUGAGAAAAUUUCAAAUGUUUGUGAUACUUCAUUAAAUAGAGAUACUCAAUCACAAGCAGAUGAAACAGAGACAGGAGUUGUACUGAAAAAAAUUACGUCUUACAAAAAUAUAAUUUACUUUCCAGAAAAUGAUAAAACUGAUUUUAUUGAUGAAUGUGAUCCUAUUCCUACUGAAGAAAGCAUUAGUACCGAAAAUCAGAAGGUAUCAAAAGACAGUAGUGGUGAAAUUGCUAAAAACAAAAAUGAAAAUGGAAAAGACACUAUAAAUAAGAAAAAGUCAACAAUUUCACCCAAAAAAAAUAUUAGAAAAGUAAUUGAAAUAAAAGCCACAUCAACAUUCAUGUGCAUGCACUGUCGAAAUAGAUUCUCAUGUUACGAAAAGUUAAAAGAACAUAUGACUUCGAACAAUGAUUGUAAAACUAAGAAACUCACCUGUAAAAUUUGUGGAAAGGUUUCAAAUGACAAAAAAUCAUUGUAUCAACAUACUGUAUCACACAAAGAAAAGGAAAUAUGUAUAUGUGAAGAAUGCGGUAAAAGUUAUUCAAACAUUUUUAGCUUGGAGAGUCAUAAAGCUAAUGUGCAUGGAGAAACAGAAGAAUUAUAUGGUAGUUUGUAUAAAUGCAAAAUUUGCAGUCUGACUUUUAAUAAAAAAAGAGAUUUAUUUUUGCAUGUAAAUAGUCACACAAAAGAGCAGGUCCAUUUAUGUGAUACAUGCGGAAAAUGUUUUUCUGCAGCAGAUAAUUUAAGAGCCCAUUUACGAAUACAUUCUGAGAUAAAACCAUUUGUUUGUGAAAUUUGUGACAAACAAUUCCGAACAAAAUUGGCAUUAGUGCAACAUUCUUAUAGUCAUUCAGGAUAUAAGCCAUUUGCUUGUGAAGUUUGUAAUAAAAAAUUUAGUAAAAAAUCUUCGCUCACAUGCCAUAUGAAGCGUCAUACAAAAUAA